UGAAUAAUACCAAAAACUAAACCGAUACAGAUAUGUAAAAGAAUCAGAUCCUAUUGCAUUUGACGAUCAAUGGAGAAAUAUGAAUAAAUACUAACUUUUUUUGUUGAAUAAAGAAUAACUUGAGCUGCUAGUUAAGAUAAAAUCUAGAGAAGUAGAGUUAAUAAAGAUACAAGUAAUAAAUACACACAAAUAUUUUAGAGUCUCUAUGCAGUUGUUCAUACCUUGCUAUUUUUGUUGUUGUUGCUACUAAUGCUGUUUUCAUCAUUGUUCUCGUUCUCACCAGACUUGCCUUUAGAUUCAGGAACCAACAAUGUAAAGACUAUCCCCAAAAGAUUAACCACACCCAAAACAAUGAGCGAGUUUCAUGACACCAAUCCCAGGAGUAUAUUGGAUUUUAUCCCCAAAAAAUAUCAUAAUAAAUUAGUGCAAUAUGAUAGUAUGAUUUAGACAUGGCGAUAAGUUUACAACUGAUAUACCCUUUUCAGCAUUUUGUGAUAGGUAUACCAAAUAUGCUGAUAUUAUAAACUGAAUAAUGACGAAACGAUAUAAUCGUUAGAGCGACCAUGAUUCCAUCGGCCUUAACGAUCAUACAGUAGAGGUAAGAAACAUAUUUGGUAAUAAGAUCUUUAAAAAAAAAUAUGUUCUUACGAAAAAGUGUGGGUCUUCACCGAAUGAUUGAGGUGUUAUCUAUGCCAGGGACGCUGCAAGUGUUGGGUUCAGAUAAUAGACAGAAGUUAUAGGAUACAAUUGUAUAUAUGGUAGACAACAAAAAGACUACCUUAAUAUAUGGGGGUGAUGUUCUCUAUUCACCCAUAACCUGUAUGCAACUUUUGACACAAGAAAAUAUUUAACAAAAACUUAACUAACAUAAACAAAUAUCAACUUUUGAUAAAAUAUAGCUUUCAGACUUUUGAGUGGACAUCCCAGAUAGCUUUGAAACACAUUAGAGCAAAUUUUGCAAAGUCUAGUGUCAUAUUAGGAACCAGUUAAGCGAAUUUCUCGUUAAAUUCUUAAAGCAUUUGAGCAAAUUCGAAGUGGAAUCUGCUGAUGUGAUUCGAAACAGUUCAAACUAUGGUGGAUUCAAAAUUUCAUUUAAUAUAUUUGUGCUUGUAAACUAUAUGUAGGAUUAGCUUUCGUUUAUGUACUUCAGAUUUUGUUUAGUAUUAUGACCAAAACAUUUAAAAUUACAUUAUUUUAAUGAAGGGUUUAAAACUUCCGGUAAAUACAUUAUUUUCCAUUCCCCCUUCUUUGUGUUAAAUCUGACAAAAAAGUGGUCCUUUUUUUUUUAAAAAAACUUCAUUACUUCCAUUUAUUGAUCAAUAACCACGUGUUACAUUUACAACCUUCUCUAAUUUAUUCCACAACUAAAAUUUAAAGAGACACAAAUUCCUUGUAAAGCCAAAUACACAUUGUGAUAUCUUUUAAAAUAGAUAAAGAUAAAUGAGUAUUCUCAUCUAAGUGAUCUAACCAAUUUACUGACAUUUGAUGAUAAAAUCAUCUCUCUUUUUGGUGCAAGUGUUUGAUGAUAAAUCUAUAUCAAGAAAACGAUAAUAACCAAGCUGCUACCCGUCCUCAUUGAUUGAGUGGAACCCUAUGCAAAUUUUCAUUUUAUAAGAGCAUCUAAAACAAUUCUGCAAAAGCCCCUAAAUUUCUUAAAAAAGCUACUACAAAUUCCAAUUAAAAAUUGCAAAAAAUUUAGACCCUGUGCAAAUGGACUUCUUGCACAUGGAAAGAAACAGGGAGAACUUUCAUUGAAUUUUGAGUUUAUGUUUUUGUUCAGCUGCAGUAGACGGGAGUCAUGGGACGAAUCAGUACAUGUGGUAAACGUUUUUCAGUUUGAUCGUAAAUCAAAUCUUCGCAAGGAAUAGUUACAAGUUCUAACUCAAACCUUAAUUAUGAUUUUAACAAGUCUUAAUUUUUUUUUUGUGACAAAACAUCUAGCUCAUGUACAAAUCUAUUUAUGAACUUUCGGAUCUUUUCCCCACCCUUCGCUAAUUUUAUCUCUAAUUAGUAUUUAACAGAUUUUUGUCGUUAGACAACAUUUUUAUUUAAUUAUUUUGCUUUUUCCCCCAAAAAGGGCCAAACUUUAUCACAUGAUAUUACUCUUCUAUGAUCUAUGUGGGCACAUAACCCAAUAAGAAUUAUGAAACCAGCUCCGAUUCAGAAGGGAGAUAGAUGAGGAAGAUGAAGAAUCAAACACCAAUUAAAAAUCUUUCUUUUCCGUCUUCUCUCCCUCUGUAACAGAAACAGAGGCUCUGUUUCUAACAUUCUCCUCUGUUUUGUUUUCCUGGAAACAGAAUGAAAGUUUCCCUCUUUCUUUUUCCCGGAAGGAGAGAUACUUGUGAAUAGAAACUUUUCUCGCAGUUUGUUAACGGUAAAGUUGUUAAAGGUUCCUCCUUUUAUUAGAUCAGGGCUUUUGGGAACGUACCUAGCUUGUCUAUAUGUGUCUAGAGCCAUGGAUUCUGAACAGAGUUUUCCUCCAAGAGACGUUGUGAAAUGCUGUGACUCUGUUUGUGAUUAUUCCCUUGGGGCAUGUACUAAAACGGUGAAAAGAAAGUUCAACGAAGAAGGGAACCUUAUGUUGUUGUUGUCACGAGGCUCUUCUGAUUCAUCUUCAACCGCAAAGUUACUAGUUGAGAACCAAUGUGCUGCUCUACUUGAGGAUCUCUCUAGCCAGAGGAAGAUAGUGAAAGAUCUUCACUUGGAGCUUGAAGAGGAGAGGAACGCUGCUGCUUCAGCAGCCAACGAGACAAUGUCGAUGAUACUUAGGCUGCAGAGAGAGAAGGCUGAGAUACAGAUGGAAGCUCGGCAAUUCAAAGGGUUUGCUGAGGAGAAGAUGACUCAUGACCAAGAAAAGCUUAAGGUUCUGGAGGAGUUGUUGUAUGAGAAAGAUCAAGCUAUUGAGGCCUUGUCUUAUGAGGUUGAAGCUUAUAAGGAUAGCUUGCUGAGCUGUGGGAUAACUGAAGCAGAGAUGCAAGAUCAGGUUCUUGGUUUUGAAGCUUACCCGUGUGAAUACACUUUGAAAUGUAGUGUGGAUGAUGAGAAUCCGAGCGGGCCAGAUGGUGAUGUUGAGGUUGUGGAGAAGGUGAUGGUUGGUCAGUCUCCAAGAUGGCCAUAUUAUGAUCCAAACUCUCCUUUAGAAGCUGCUAAAGAAAUAAAAGGGACAUUUUCUGCAGACUCUCCUAUGUCUUGUAGUAGUGAUAGAGUUUAUACCAUUGACUCAGUUCACGUGGGAGUCUCUGAAGUUAAGAUUGAUAAUGAGCCUAGUAAGAUUAGCAAGGAGAAGUUGAAAGGUGAUCAUUGGAACUCUCCGAGGUACCAAGAACCGGUGGUUAUGACUCAGCAUGGAGUUAACGAGCCGGAUAUUGAGAAGCUUUACACAAGGCUUCAAGCACUUGAGGCUGACAGGGAGUCAUUGAGACAUACCAUUGUAUCUAUGCGAACAGACAAAGCUCAGUUGGUGUUGCUGAAAGAGAUAGCACAGCAUCUAUCAAAGGAAACUGUCACAACAAAGAGGCGAAACCUGGUUAGCAAAAUGCCAUCUUUCAAAGCAUUCUGUGUAGUAACGGUCUUCAAGUGGAUUGUGUCUUUUGUUUCUUGGAGAAGGAAAGCCAAGCAAAACAAGUAUGUGUACAAUUUGUCAGCAAAUAAUAUGGGGAUGCUAAUGAUUCUAGGCGAGGGAUCUCGAACUAGGAGAUGGAGUUGUUUAACUAGUUCACAUGUCUAGAUUAUCCAUUCUUUUCUCUCUCUUGGCAUAGUUAGUGCAAAUUGAAUGUAUAUUUUCUUUAUUGCAAGACAUGCAAUCAAAUACAUGUAUGGAUGGUUCAGAUUCUUGUUGAAUAUAUUAAUCCAAAGUUGAUUAUUUCCCUCUUU